AUGGAGAAAAACGGCAAGGGGUGGAAAGUUCACUCAGAAAUGAAUAAAGGAGUGAUGCGAAAGGAACCUGCAGCCAAGCAUGAUAUGGGUGGAGAAUUCAGGAGCUCUUUGCUGCAGCAGAUGGUGUGGAGUAGUAGUGGCGGUACAGACAGCAAGAAUAUGAUGAGUAGUUUGAUGCCUUGUGCCGAGGAGGAGGAGGAGCAAGAAGAGGGCUCCAACAAGAUGCCCCCCUUAUCUUCUCCUUCUUCCAUGCUCCUCCCCCAGCAUCUCCUUCAAAUCUCCUCUGGCCUGCCUCUGCCUCUGCCUCCUGAGGUGCCGAACGACAGCUCUGCUACUUCUGAUCUGCAUGAUGGGCGGGAAAGCAACAUGCCCGAGUCAUGGAGCCAGCUGCUGAUCGGGGGAUUAGUCGGAGAUCAUGAGAGGUACAACGCUGCCACAGCUUUACUGUCAAAAGGAUUAGAGGAGGGGCCUGCUAUGCCUGCAGAAGCUUACAAUUUCUAUGGCCAUGGACAUGGUGGUGAGGAGAUCCAGACAUCGGGGACCAACAGUAAGUCUCAUCAGGUGAGCCAGACACUCUUGGCGUCGUCCUCUCCUAGGUCCUGCAUCACCACAACCCUCGGCAGCAACAUGUUGGACUUGUCAAACACCACCGUGCCGGUACCGGAGCUGAAGAAUCAUCACUCCGAUAACUCUUCUGAGGGUAACAGCGCUGCAAGUGGUUCGGCUCCAAAGAAGGCUAGGGUUCAGACCUCUUCUUCAGCACAGUCUACCCUAAAGGUAAGAAAGGAGAGGCUUGGGGAUAGAAUCACAGCACUUCACCAGAUAGUAUCCCCAUUUGGCAAGACUGACACUGCCUCCGUCCUACAGGAGACUAUUGGCUAUAUCAGAUUCCUCCUGAGUCAAAUCGAGGCUCUCAGCUUCCCUUACCUGCUGGGCCAUGGCAACGGGGGGAACUCCAUGCAACAACACAAUUUGCUGCUAAACCAUAGCACUAGCAAUGGCAUGGUAGAAGUUGAAGGCUCGACCAAGCAUCAGGAGGAGGAGGUGAAUGGCGUGGAGGGGGGCCACAGGAAGGAUCUACGGAGCAGAGGGCUGUGCCUGGUGCCGGUGUCGUGCACGUCGCACCUCGCCGACGACAACGGCGCCUCCGACUUCUGGGCCGUGGCCGCGGCGCCGCCGCCUCCUCCUCCGCCGCUCGCCGGCAUCAUCUGGCGAUAG